CAGGAGCAAGAAAAAAGUCGUCUUUUGGAGCAAAGUAUGCAGUUGUUAAAUAUUGAAAUGAAGCGGACUGACGCAUUGCUAUAUCAAAUGAUACCAAAGUCAGUAGCAGACAGGCUGAGGAAAGGGGAGCCAUCUGGGAAUACAUGCGAGGUAUUUGAAAAUGUUACCAUUUUAUUUAGUGAUGUUGUGGGGUUUACAACAAUUUGCAGCAGGAUAAGUCCUAUGGAGGUUGUAUGUUUGCUUAACGCUAUGUACACUAAAUUUGAUCAACUAAGUGAAAAACAUAAUGUUUAUAAGGUAAGACGAAGCAUCAUGAACUUAAUUAUCUUUUUUUAUUGUAAAAAAAAUGUAAACUAG